GGUGGAAUUCAUAAUGAUUUUUUAAAAUCUAGUUGAAUACACCCAGACUUUGAUUGAUUUUUAAAAGUCUGUAUUGAAUACAUCUAGACUUUCAAAUUCCAUAGACUUCUUUAAAAAUUCCACUAAUUCCAUAUACAAUGCCCCUAAAAAUCCCCUAGAAAAUCCGAGAGAGACCAAACCAACUGAAAAAUGAACUAGAAGAAACAACAAAACAAGAAACACAAGUCUCGGCGGAAUCAAUGUCGUCGCCGUCGUCCUCCACCAUCAACCACCACACUCACAGACCCACCACUCUCCAAGAAGCCAUGCAAAACCCAGACCCACCACCACCGCCACCACCUUCUUCUUCUUCUUCCUCUUCCUCCUCUUCCUCCUCAUUCAAAGACCACCUCACCAUUCUCCUCCUCAUCUUCGCCUCUUCCCUCUUGGCCCUCCUCCUCUUCCUCACCCUCUCCUCCUCCCCUUACUCUUCCCCUUCCUCCUCCUCCGCCACCCUCCCACCCGACCCGUUUCUCUUCCCGACCCGAGUCGUCUACCACGACUACAACUCCUCCGAUCCCACCCCUCCCUCUUUAGCCUACCUCCUCUCCGGGUCUAAGGGAGACUCGGGUCGGAUCCUCCGCCUCCUCUACGCCACUUACCACCCCAGAAACCAGUACCUCCUCCACCUCCACCGCUUCGCUCCCCAGACUGAACGUGACCUUCUGGCCCUCAAGGUCCAAUCCGAACCCAUUUUCAGAGCUGCCCAGAAUGUCCACCUCAUCGGUAAUGCUGACAUUGUCUACCCAAAAGGGUCCUCUUCCAUUUCUUUCACUCUCCACGGUGCUUCGAUUUUGCUCCGGUUGUCCUCAAACUGGGACUGGUUCAUCAGCCUCACUGUUGAUGACUACCCACUUGUCAAUCAAGACGAUCUUCUUCACAUUAUGUCAUUUUUGCCCAAAGAGCUCAACUUUGUCAACCAUUCCAGUUACAUUGGCUGGAAAGAGGCUAAGAGAUUGAAACCGGUCAUUGUUGAUCCGGGGCUUUAUCGGUCUGAGCCAAAUGUGAUGUUCUAUGCGGCACAGAAGAGGGUGUUGCCAAAUGCUUACCGGUUGUUUACAGGUGCUUCAUUUAAUAUUCUAAGUCGUAGCUUUAUGGAGUUUUGUGUUGUUGGUAUUGAUAACCUCCCACGGACUCUAUUGAUGUACUUUGCAAACACAGCUUCUUCCCUUUCUGACUACUUUCCUACUGUUAUUUGCAACUCCCGGAAGUUCAAUAAAACUAUCUUAAACCAUAAUUUACUGUAUGCUAAUUUUGACACAACCCCUAAAGAGAAGCCCCCGCGGCUCAGUUCCAAUGAUUUUGAUGUUAUGGUUCAGAAUGGAGCUGCCUUUGCCACAGGAUUUCGAUCAGAUGAUCCAAUACUUGACCGUAUAGACAGAGAAAUUUUGAAUCGUCAUCGGGGAAAAGUUGUGCCUGGUGGUUGGUGUUUAGGUGGGUUUGGAAAUGACACUUGCUCGGUUUGGGGAGAUGCUGAUAUUCUGAGGCCUAGUCCUAGAGCAAGAGGUCUUGAGAAACUUUUAGUUGAUUUGCUCUCGAAUGAUACAUUUCGUUCUCGCCAAUGUAUAUACAAGUGAUCUGGAUUCACAGUCCCAGCAGAGACGGGGGAAAGUUUCCCUUCCACCAUUUGGAAUAUUUUGGCAGAAAAUUACCUGCUAGGGGAUUAUUCUUUCUAGAACAGUAGGAUUAUUUAGCUCAAGUUUGAGAUUGUUGUAAAAUGUAUCAUUCUGCUAUUAGAGCUGACCAAUGUGACCUGUUGUACAAGUGAUCUUUGUCACUUGCCCUCCACCGUGAUGUAUGUAGGAUCAUACUUUGUGUUGUGAAAUCGAUGAUUUAAGGAAGCUUGCAUUUGUCUUGGACAUAUCAGAGUUGAAAUGAAUGGCGUAACACCUUUGAACUUGAGGUCUAGCUUCGAGCUCUGAUCGUACAGUACUGUUUGGUGG